AUACAGUAGCGUUGGGAAUAAGCUGCAGGAUUUGAUUCAGGUUUUAGUGCAGGAUUUUAGUAGAUAAAUCGCGUAGAAUAGCUCGGUUCUGUGCGGAGUUUAUAUGUGCGGGCUGGUAGAGCUGUGUUCAGGCUGAGAGGGAGUUUCUGCGAUUUUAAUUCACGCGGUGACGAUUUAUUGCUCAUUAAAGUCAGGAGCGAGUGAGGAAAGACGAUGCCUUUUACGAGAGGAAAGAAACCCACUGUCAGCAAGAUCCCAAAGCUGCAGGCCAGGAGCUCAGAGAAUCAGGAGGAUGACCUUCAGGUCAAGCGAUCAACCUCGCCUCCUCAAGGAGCUCCCAGGAAAAGGACAGCAUUUAUUGACAUCACUAAUGCUGCAUCUCAGUGUUUUAUGAGUCUUCACUUUGAUGCUGAUGAGGGCCGUGUGAGGCGAGCUCACAAGCUCAAACUGAGCAAUCCUAUCAAGAAGAAAGGUCAAGUUAAGCGGGUGCCAAAGAAGACCUCAGUUGCUACCAACAAUGAAGCCAACAGAAAAAGUUCAGCCUUGGUUGACUCUGAGUGUCAGUCUGAGGAGCUGGAGAAGGAAGCGUUCCCGGCAGAGAAACCGGAGGAGCCCCUUCCAAAGGAUCCUCUCCCACCACACCUGCUCCCUCCAAAGAUACCUGUAGAGUUUGAUAUUGACUCUGAUCCUGCCAACGACUGUACGCAGACGCCAGAAUAUGCCAAAGAGAUCUUCGAUUACCUAAAGAACAGAGAGGAGAAGUUUGUAUUGAAGGAUUACAUGGACAGUCAGCUGAGCCUGAAUCAGAAUAUGAGGGCUAUUCUAGUGGACUGGCUUGUAGAGGUGCAGGAAAAUUUUGAGCUGAACCAUGAGACUCUUUACCUGGCAGUGAAGAUGACUGACCAUUACCUGGCUGUGUCUCAGGCCAGCAGAGAAUCCCUACAGCUCAUCGGCUCCACGGCUAUGCUGCUCGCCUGCAAGUUUGAGGAGCGGCUCCCACCUUGUGUUGACGACUUCUUGUAUAUCUGUGAUGAUGCGUACAAGCGCUCACAGAUCAUCACCAUGGAGGGGACUAUUCUGCAGGCGCUGAACUUUGACAUUAACAUUCCUGUUCCCUACCGCUUCCUGCGUCGCUACGCCAAGUGUGUGAAUGCUGGGAUGGACACGCUGACCCUGGCUCGGUUUGUGUGUGAGCUCAGUCUGAUGGAGAUGCAGUUCGUCCCGGUCCGAGCAUCUUUACUGGCCUCCGCUUGCCUACUCAUAGCCCUGGUAACCAAGGACCUGGGGGGAUGGACCCCGUGCCUAGAGUUCCACUCAGGCUACAACACAGAAGACCUGGCGCCCGUGGCCCGAAAACUCCAGCACAUGCUGAGCCGGACGCCCGACAGCAAGCUCGCCACAAUCCGGAGCAAGUACUCCCACAAGGUUUUCUUUGAAGUCGCUCUGAUGCCUACUGUGACCUCGGAGAAGCUGGAGAUGUUUUUGAAGUGAAGGAGAAAAAAAAAAGAUGUGUAAUCUAUAAACCAUGUAAAUAUUUGUAUUUAAUAUUAUAUAUUGCUCCUGUUUUAAAAUAAAUUCUAGUUCUGUUCUGUGGUUACAAAAUGAGCCUUGGAGUAUUUCAAAUGCAGUUUUUAGAA